AUGUCUAAGUGCAGUAACGAUUCAGCUUCUCAGAUACUAUCGUAUACAACUGUUGAAGAUCCUACCUCAAUGAUUCAAAAAUGUGGACUUAAGCUGAAAGAAACACCCCGAAAGCCCAUCGACUACAAGUAUGGUCCUCGAUCUAUCGCUGUUGGUGAUUUCAAUAACGACUCUUGGCCAGAUAUGGUUGUUGCCAAUCAUAUCGUCAAUGAUAUUGCUAUUUAUUUUGG